GCAUGAACAAGACUAGCCAAUAUGGCAGCCUCCAUUGCAUUCGGAUGCCGCUAAUGUGAUGGUGCGAGUUUAAUCACUUUCAUCGUCUUUUGAACCAGUUUACGUUUUCCCAAAAUGUCAAAAACCAAAGGCUGCAUAUCCGCGUCCCUGCAGUCAAAGUAUCUGCAGAAGUUUGAUGGCGUAACGCUGUCUAAAUGCGGGUCAGACGACUCCGACGACGAUGAUGGCGAUCCCAGUACGCUCGGGUUUGUCAUUGACAGCAAACCUCGGAUGGAGCCCGAAACUGAAGAAGCACGCCGCAAGACAAGAGAGAGGGUCAAGCUGGCAUCGGAGCUGAACCCGGGCAUCAAUCUUGAUGACACAUAUGUGGCGUCUCGUGAUGCUGCAUCCAAGUCGGCUCAGAAAGUCAGGGAACUCGUGCUUGAGUCAUCUGCUGACAGUUUGCUGAAGGGAAGCGUGCUCACUCCCGGCUUCGAGAAAAAGGAUUGUGUACCUCCAUACUCUGAGUCCCUGAGACGCAUCAAACUACGCCGCAAGGAGGAGCGCAGUAAAACAAAGGGCCCCGGCUGGUUUGGCUUGCCUGCACCUGAGAUGACUGAUGAACUGAAGCACGAUCUAGAGGUUCUCCGCAUGAGACAUGUACUAGACCCCAAGCGCUUCUACAAGAAAAAUGACCUGAAGGAUCUGCCCAAGUAUUUCCAGGUUGGGACAGUGAUGGACUCGCCAGCCGAUUUCUACCACGCAAGGGUGCCCAAGAAGGACCGCAAGCAAACUAUGGUUGAAGAAUUGCUGGCCGAUGCAGAAUUUAGACGAUUUAACAAGAAGAAAUACAGUGAGGCGAUGGCGCGGCAGCAGCGAGGAGUUUCAAAGAAGGCUUUGAAGCAUAUGAAGCGGCUGAAGAAGCGGAAAAAAUAAAACUUUUUUGUAAGAACU